AUUACGUAAAUCAGCCCUAACGUAGACAAGAAGGCUUAGGUCGAUGGUGGCUCCUCAGGCGACAUCUUCCCUGCCGCACCUUCCGCGGGCUGGAAUGGUAACACAGUCCGCACACAUGCCGCAGCAGUCGGCCGCCGCUCUCGCAGCUGCAUUCAAAAACCAGUUAUCGAACGUGGUUACGAACAACUACCGCCUCAGGGCUGUAGCGGAACGCCUCCAACUUUAUUUCCAUGGCGGUGUCAAGUUGGGCCAAUUCGACCUUUUCCACCUCAUAUUUGCCCUCUCCAGAGGGAUUGAUUAUGCACUGUCAAUCAAUGACAAUCCUGGAAUUUCAAAUUGUCUUCCCUCUUUGAUAAAGCAGGUUUACCAACAUUUAAAGGACCCUUUACUUAAAUCAGCUAUAAUGGUGUUGAUGAUUUCUGUCAAGAAUGCUUGUAAAAAUAGAUGGUUUCUUAAACCAGAUGCUGAUGAGCUUCUCUGCAUGUCAAAUGAGCUAUCUAGCAGCUUUUGUAUGUCCGUUAAUGAUUCCAUCAUUGGCAAUCCUCAAGAUGCUAUUUCCAAGAUCAUGGUUAGGUUUUAUCCCCAGUUGAAGUUUUGUCAUUUAGUUGUUUCUUUUACAGCAAAGCCUGGUUAUGAUAUCCUAAUGACUGAUUUCCACAUAUCAAGGAACAUUCCUGUGGAUGAGAAGAUUUACCUGCUUGUUGCUCAAACAGAUAAUUUGGAAUCAUCGUCUUCUCUUAUAAGCCCCCCGCAUGUGAGUUUUUUGCUAAAUGGAAAGGGCGUUGAAAGGAGGACAAACGUUGCAAUGGAUACAGGGCCUCAGUUUCCUACUGAUGUUACCAAGAUGCUCAAGUAUGGCACAAACAUUAUCCAGGCUAUUGGAUAUUUUAGCAGUAAUUACAUUAUUGCAAUAGCCUUUAUGAGCAAGACGAUUAAAAGUACUCCAAAGUUGCCAGAUUAUGCUCAUCCAGUGAUUGAAAAUCCUGUUUCAGAUCUUGAUGUAAUUGAAGGACCAUCAAGAAUAACACUAAAUUGCCCAAUAAGCUUUAAGCGUAUCAAGAUUCCUGUUAAAGGAUAUCUCUGCAAACAUCAUCAGUGUUUUGAUUAUGACAAUUUCAUCGAAAUGAACUCACGGAAGCCUUGCUGGCGCUGUCCUUGCUGUAACAGUUCUACUAGCUGCAUUGACUUGCGUGUUGAUCAAAAAAUGAUCAAGAUAUUACAAGAGGUUGGCGAUCAUGUUAAUGAUAUUCUUAUUUAUGCUGAUGGGUCAUGGAAAUAUGUUGAACAUAAUGGGAUUGAAAAUCAAACACAAAAAGGGUCCAAACUUCAGGAUGAUAGUGCCAAGAAUGAUGAUAGUACAUCAACUGUAGAUCUUACCAUGGAAGAAGAUUAUACAUCUGAUAUAGCAAGAACUCAAGAAGUAAGUUUGCAAAUACCUGAGGACAAAGCUGAAAAUGAUAUUUUUGUGGCAGAAGACAGGAAACCUCUAAGGGACAACGAAGGCCUUACAGUCAGUCAUACUCCUGGGGCAUCAGUUGCAAGUAGUUAUGUAGGCACACAUCAAACUCAUUAUGCAGGUGAUGGUAUUCGGCCCAGGAAUUUGCCUCUAUUUUCAUGCUUCACAUCAGACAGAAUAGAUGAUGCAGUUAUUAAUACUCAGAGGAUUUUGGAGAACAACGUGACCAAUGUUAUGCUGAACCCUGUUCAAACUGAUGCUGUUUCUCCAGCUUUUGUUCGAGGUCCAACAGUUCCUGAACUUCCACGAUAUACCCUAUCUCAAAUGAUACAACUUUCUGAAAAUAUGCAAUUACAGUCAUCACAUGUGGCUGGUGCUGUAAUUACAAAUGAAACAGGUAGGCCAACUAUACCAAGACAUCUUAGUGGAACUCUAACAGCAAUUCAGGCGCUCCCUUCACAUUCACAAUCACACAAUUCAUCACGAAAGGUGCAGUCAGUAAUGGCUAAUAGACUUGGUUCAGUCAGUGAGGAGAUGCAAAUAGAUCAACCCUCAAAUAUUUCUAAUGUACCUUCAGCAUUGUUGCAUCAUCACCCCAUGACCCAGGAACACUACCACCACAGUAAGUCAUCACAGUUGUCGGUUGUUGGCCUUCCAGCACCAAGCCUGAGUACGAAUCAGGCACCACAAGGCCAACUGCAAGGAACAAAAACUUGUAAUCCUGAUCCCAAUCACAUAGUAUAUCACCGAAGGCAUCAUUCUGCAAAUAUCCCCGAGGUUUCACAGCCUUCUGCUGUACCUGCAGGUUUGGUCCAGCAAGCAUCCCAUCAUCCUACAUAUUCAGUGAGAACUGUCACGGCUACUCGCAACGUGCUGGUAUCUUCCCCACAUAUCACGCAGGCAGCAGCUCAACCAUGGACAUCCAGAAAUCCCCCCAUCUCCAGAUUGACAUCCAUUUCAACAGCUGCUGAUACAAAUGGGGUAGUGCAUUCAUCAAUCUUGAAUCAGUUGCCUGAGAUUCAAUAUGAUGAGAGCUGGCGGCCUACAGGACGUAUGAGAGGAAGCCUAACUGGCGGUGCAUAUGAUGCUGCUCUAAACCAGUAUUUGGUUUCUCCACAGCCACCACAACAUGUACCGCAGUCUUCCUCAGAAAGUGUUAUUACCGACCAGCUUAUGAUGGAUAUUGAUCCUAAUGAAGAACCACCCAUGAAUCAGCAGGCUAAUAUUGGAUACAGUAGUGAUUCUAGCAAUCAUUUGCAAAAAUAGCAGUCCAUUUCCAUACAAGCGAGCAUUUUUCUUGCAAGAAAGAAGCGAACUGGGAGAACGACAUGCAAUCAGUAAUCAAGUCCUUCGAGAAGUAAAGAGCGAACAACCUCAAUGGCCAAUUGGGAUUAGGAAGCAGCUAAAAUGGGAUAUUUAUAAAUGACAUGUUUAUAAACUUCUUGGACGUAAGGUGCUCUAACGAGGUCCAUGCAAGGGAUGUGAAUUAGUGAAUCGUCUAUCAUGUUUAGCAGUGACUAAGGUUGGGAUUACACCCUUAAACUUUGCAAAAUGAUGUUAAGUUGAACUUUGAAGGAAAAGUAAUAUAUGUAACUUAAAUAGUUAUCUGGGAAUCAUGUUGUUUAUGCAGCUAAAGGUACGUUUCAUA